GAGCCUUGACCAGCAAGAAACCGACUACAGCAGAAUUUCCAAGAGUUGCACGACAAUGUUUUGCUCCAGCACUGUGAUGUCGCUGGCUCUCUGCCUGCUGGCUUGUGUUCACUCUGGCAUCAACGCGUAUCCAGCCAAGCCUGCCAGCCCCCGAGAAGGCGCCCCACUUGAUGAGAUCGCCAAAUAUUAUUCUGCACUAAGACACUACAUCAAUCUCAUUACGAGACAGAGGUAUGGGAAACGUGACACCCCAGAUACUGUAUUUUCAGAUGUGUUGGUGAGGGAGAGCUCAGAGAGUUUUCCAGGAUCUAACUAUGGCAGGUAUGAUGGGCUGCCACUGUGGUGAUGCUGCUGGAGCUGUCAUGUCCAGGCGGAUUUUACCACAAAGCUGCUCCAUCCACAUGAAAUCAACUUGUACUGCAUGGAAUAAAAAUUAUGUUGCGUAACUUGUUUGGUCUGUAAUGUUGAUUAACACUCAGUAGUACUACCUUGCAUUUCUUGUAUCUCUAGUGUCAGUAUGUUGAGCAACGUAUUACUUGUGUCAUUUUCUGAUGGAGUAACAGUGCUGUCUACUGGUGAACAUGUAUCUUAACAUUUUCAAGCUCGGCAUGUAGCUCAUAACUCAUGACUGUUGCUAAUGUUAUAUUUUUAG